AUGGAUAAAUCAGUUAGCAGUCCUUUAUCAAACCUCGAACAUUUCAGGUAAGAAAGCUCUCAAACAGUUAAUAUUGCAUUUAAACUGAGAAUUUUCGAUUAAUUGUUGGGUAAGCCAUGAAUUAUUCGAAUAAACUUGUGAACGGACCUAAACCUGCCUUUAAGCUCACGUCCACAUGGGAUUUCAAUCGAUGUGAACAUGUCUAGUAGGGUCUUCUGGUGAGGUUCCAAAAAAUAUAAUCUAGCUUUGCACAUGAGGUGCACUUAAACUAUUUUAACGAAAAUAGCAGUUGAAUAAGGAGUCGAUGUGUUCAGAUUGGUUUUUUCCUGUCCGCAUUCGGACGAGCACAGGCAAACAUUUAGUUUCAUCACUUUAUGAGCUGUUAACAUAAGCAGGAGCGCAGAUGUCCACUUCAGCUUAAUUAGCGCCUCAGAUGAACUUGGAAAUUUUCAGUCCAUAAUUGAUUUUGUAAAAGACAUCGUGUUCACACAGCUAAGGGAAUGAAGGUUUCGAAUGUUUCAAAUUAAAUGCAGCAAGUCGCGUUGUCGCACAAAUGUCAUGUAUACCAAAUAACGUUUGAUUAGAGAGGAUAUUUUCGAACAGGAAUCGUCAAUUUCACUAAUUAACAUAUUGAAAUAGCUCCUGUUUUAUUUUGGGAUGCCCUCAAUAAUCAACAAUUUCACCUGUUGCGAAACAAAUAACCUCGCUAUUUGAAAGUGAGAGUCGCAAUUUGCACAAUGAAUUUAUCGGAUAGUUUCAUGAAACGAAUCCACUCCAGCGGAAAUUGUAUUAAUUCACUCGACACCCACGGAGCUACCCUUGCUAGUGUUUGCUUCAUGCUGGGUGUCCUCCGGGUAUUGAUUGCAUGCUCAACUUUUCGAUCAGUUUAACUUACAGCAUCAAGCAUGUAUGAAUAAACUUUGACUGUUUUGAGCAUUUUUUCCUCUCACCUGUACGUUCUUGCGGUUUUUUGAAGGAAAUUAGAUCGCACUUACCGCGCACCCGGGCAUUUAUGUAAACUUUCGGCGCUUAUUGAAAGAGGGGCGCUUAGUCGAGGGGGGGCCUGGGGGGAAGGACGAUUAAAACUGAUUCCGUUGUAGUUGAAUCUUAAAUAGUUAAAUAGUGUGGCGAUAGAAACAGGAUUUUCUUGUAUCUCUACCAUUUAAGAAGGCGAGGGAGGAGGGCGAGGGCGCUAAUUCGUGAGAGGCGUGUAAUUUCAUAGAGGGUGGGUGCGUGUUCGGGGGAGGGCGCUUGUUAGAGCGUGGGCGCUUAUUUGAGGAAAUACGAUAUGCCGAGUUCAAUAAAAACUCGGUUAUUGCUCUCCGCCUAUUUUAGUUUGUAGUUCAACAAGCAUGAACAACACAAUUUGCCAUCGUUGUACCCUCUUUAUAACAUCUAACGUGAACAGAGCAUGAUUUUAAAUAUGAAAAGUUUUCCUUAAAUGUAUGACAUAUUUUAAAGUAAAACUUCCUGGAGCCUCGAUUUUGUAGACGUUCCCGCUAAAUGAAGGUUUCGCCGUGGUUAUUAUUUUUUGCUGGUUUCUGUGUCGUUUUAUCAUGAUUGAUCAAAACUUUUCCAGAGCGUAUAGUCAGAAUCGGAGAACAAAAGUUUGGCCAUGAGACCUUAAUAGAAGAAAGCUCCCUCCGAUAAAUAAAUCCCGACAUUCCCCAGUAUUCCCGUAAGUAAAUGGAACAGAAUCUCUCACGGACGCAUUGUGCCUUAAGCCUCCUCCUUCCCCUCCGUGGGAAAUUGAAAGUGCAACGGUGCGGGCACAAGCUUGUAAAGCAGUCACUGAAAUACAGCUAGUCGUUUUGAGCGGUUAUUCUUGAGUUGGACUCAGCGUUUUUUUUUUUUUUUUUUUUUUAAUUCGAUUUCAGUCAGUUCACUGCCUCAAUGUUAUCUCCACCAGGGAGCGAUAAAACAGGCGGCCCGAGUCAACCACUACUCGGCUUCCGUUCAGAGAUGCUGGCACGAGAGAGGAGCACUAUGUCUCAGUCCAAGGUCACCGACCCGAAAUCCCCUGAGCAGGCAAAAGAGUCCCGAUUCAGCGCUUUCACAAGCAUUUCUUCCGAUGGACAAGGCUUACCUUCCGCCGCUUACCCAUCCAGGUCAGCGGACUCAUUCAUUUCGGCUAUGCCCAUCAAGCCGGGUCGCUCCCCUAACUGGUCGGACGCAGAAACACGGUUUCUUAUUACGCUCUGGGGCGAGCAGUACCAGAACAUUAGUCAGCAGAGGAACGCGAAGGCCUGGGACGUGGUGGCACGAUUGCUUAAUCAGAAACUAGCGCAGUGCGGUUUUGAAACAUUUCGCUCGGGUCAGCAAUGCAAAGGACGGAUGAAAAGUGUUGUUUUCGAUUAUAAAACCACAAAAAAGCGCAUCGAGUCUGGUGAGGAUGAUAGAGCGUGCGACUAUUUUCAAGAGAUUGAUGAGGUGCUGGGAAAGACUUUUGUUAACGACGGCAUCAAUGCGAUCGAGUCCGGUUCAGCUGUAACUCAAGAGGACGAGAAAACGUCGAAUACUAGUGGAGAGAACGAAGAAAGCAACGCUUGUGACAACAUUGUAGUGGUUAAUAUUCCAGCAAGUGCUGCACUAAGCGUGGAAACGACCACUGGAUUAACUUGUUUUAGUAAAGAAGUCAGCCAGUCACUGCCCGAUCACGGAGAGCUGUUAGAGAAACGUGAGCCACCCAAGAAACGGAACAAGAGGAAGACCUCUGCAGAAGAGGACGAAGACACAUCCAUGCUGCGUUUCCUUAAGAACUACAUGGAGGAAAGCGACAAGCGUGAUCGUGAAUUUUUAUUGCAAAUGACAAGGAUGGACCAUGAGAGGGAGGACAGAAAUUUUGAACGAACAAUGAAAAUGAUAAUGGAAGUAGCCAAAGUGUUUAAAAGUAGCGUUGCUAAUACACCCGAUAAUCUCAGGGGGAGUGGUUUGAGUUCUGCCCCUCACCAUCAAAGUGGAGAUGCUCGGUUUGCCUCUGGUUAUGGAAUGGGUUCUUCACGCGCAGGAGAUACUCGAGAGACGCCAUCGAACAGAGAGAGCAGAAAAAAGGCCAACGAUGGUUCGGCUCAAGACGAGAACGGUAAACCACAUCAGUUUCUUAGAGAUUAUAUGGAAGAAAGUGAUAGAAGGGACAGAGAGUUCUUGCUACAGAUGACCAGACUGGAUCACGAAAGGGAGGAGAGAAGCUCGGAACAAACUAUGAGGCUCAUGUUGGAAGUCGCAAAAGUGUUCAGAGGCGGCAAUUGA